UCUUGACGUGAACGGAUGCACAUCAUCAGUCGUCAUUCGAAGUCGAAGCUCAUACACGAAAAUCGCGAUUUUUUUUUUCUCCUCGUCGAUUAAAUUGAGAAAAGACAACAACGACAAAGACGACAACGAAAGACACUGUCUUUUUCUAUAUAUAUUUGCAAUUAUAUUGUCUGCUGUUGUUUUCUUUUGUCGUUUCGCAUAUUUAUAACUACGAAAUCUUUGAGUAAUCGACGAUUGUCUGUGUCUCAUCGCCGCUGUCUGUCCGUUUUGCGAACAUACAAUUCAAUUCGGCGGGGAGUUACGGUUGUGGCUUUGAGAGAAACCAUUUGAAUUUCGAAUUUGUUUUUUCGGCGUGCGUUCGAACACAUUUUGUUUUGUCUUUUCGGCGUGAUCACGGUUUCUCUUCCUCUGUCUCUUUCUUGCAAAACGCGACGACAUUUUUCGAAGAAGAAAAAAAAAAAAGACGAAAAGAAAAUUUUACGCAUCACACACACGACCGAUCAUCAGUUUUACUCAUCAGUGCUGUGUUGCAAAAGUGGAGCAAAAGAAGAAGAAUAAAAGAAACGAAUUCGUUUAUGAGAAAAGUGUAAUAAAAACGGCUGAUUUCGGAGUGAUCGAGUGAUACAUGUGAAUGUCGUAAAUCAAACGCACGUUUAUGCAAAUCAAAGGGGAACACCUGAAUUUAAAAUAAACGCAAAAAGGGCACCGCCAAUAUUACCUGGAGCAGACCAAACAUAAAUUGCCGCCAGCUGACAACAAAGUAUGAUUCAAUUGUAACGAUGAAACUAUCUUGAGGGGAACAUUCAAUCGAAUGGGGCAGAAGACGUCAACUGGAAAUUUUAUUUUUACAACGAUCGAUUUUUUUUUAGUGUAGAAAUAAAUCAGUGAAACUUUAAUUAAACGGGUACAUGCAGGAGCUUUUUUUCUCCAAUUAUUAAGUGGUUUGUAUAAAUGUGUGACUCAAUCACAAUUCAAUGCACCCAUGAAUUCGAUCAUGAAAUCUGCUGGUUUCGUCUACAUUUAUAUGUGCGUCUAUACGAAUAUUAUGGUUGCCGGUGAAGUAUUUACAUUGGGCUAUUUGACCGGUUCACAGCGGCGAUCGGGAAAUUUAGAGUAUGCCAAGCCAGGUCUGAUGAUAUCGGGUGCAAUAUCGUUGGCGGUGGAAGAAAUCAAUAAUCAUGGAAAAUUGAAGGAAAUGGGUCAUUUCUUGGAAUUCAAAGUGGCUGAAACAUAUGGCGAAGAAGUGUCAAGUAUACGACAAACGGCCGCAUUGUGGACCGAUAAAGUUUAUGCAUAUAUUGGACCACAAGAAACAUGUGUUCAUGAGGGCCGAAUGGCAGCUGCAUUUAAUUUACCAAUGAUAUCAUAUUUUUGCACACAUCAAGAGACAUCACGGAAAAAAGAUUUUCCAACAUUUGCACGAACCCGACCACCAGACACACAAAUUUCCAAAUCGGUGGCAUCAUUAUUGCUGGCUUAUAAUUGGACUCAGGUGACAUUUUUGUACUUGGAUUCGUUGAAUGAAGGAUUUGGGGCUGUGGCUGAAACGGUUUUAAGCACACUUAGAGCGGCCGGUGUUAAAGUGCAAUCAACACUCACAUGGAGCACAGUCUAUCAUCAUGGAUACAUGAAAAAUCCAUUUGAUGAAUUGGUCGAAAGAACGUACAUCGACACACGAAUUUAUGUCAUUUUGGGACAUCAUUACGAACAUGUUGGCUUAAUGCUUAGCUUAAAACAAAAAGGUCUUUUGGAUAAAGGCGAAUAUUUUGUGGUUGGCAUUGAUAUCGAACAAUACGAUGCAUCCGCACCCGACAAAUAUUUACGCGGGCUAUUACAAGACAAAACCGAUGAUGACUGCAUUACGGCAUUUAAAUCGUAUUUGGGCAUUGUGCCAUCACCACCAAUCAAUUUUGAGGAAUUUGCAAAACAGGUAAACCAUCACAUGGAACUCCCACCAUUUAACUAUCCAAAUCCACUGGGUUUAUUCGGUGGCGCAAAACAGAUUCGUGCUGAGGCUGCAUAUUUAUACGAUGCCGUACAUUUAUAUACCAAAGCUUUGAUUCGUGUGAUUGAAUCAAAAGAGAAUCCACGCAAUGGUACAGCAAUCGUGAAUUCAUUAAAAGGAAGUAGCUAUUUAAGUGCUAUGGGUUAUCAUGUGUACAUUGACGAAAAUGGUGAUGCAGCCGGAAAUUAUACGAUAUUAGCGUUAAAGCAAGACCACCGCCAGGACAGUAAUCUAUCAAUGGUAUACGGCUUACAUCCGAUCGGUACAUUUGGUUUACCCGACAGUAAUCAAAUACCACUGAUGAUCCAGGAUUUACAAUUGUUCGAUGAAAUUCAAUGGAUUGGGAAUGGUGGACCACCGGUUGCCGAACCAAAAUGUGGUUUUCGCGGACAAAAGUGUAUCAGUCACACCGGAGAAAUAACGGCAGCCAUAGCUGGUGGUUCACUACUCUUACUAGGUAUUGUAUCAUUAGUGCUUUAUAGAAAUUGGAAGUAUGAACAGGAACUCGAUAGUCUAUUGUGGAAAGUCGACUAUAAGGAAAUACAAUUGCAUGAAAAUGAUAAAGAAAACAAUUGUCAAAAGCAAACUAGAGCAACGCAUCCACUUAUUCGUACUAGUCAAGUUAGUUUAAGCUCAAAUCCGGAUGCAGAUUUUCGUUAUUCAAGCAUUUUCACACCGAUUGGCCUCUACAAAGGACAAUUGUAUGCCAUCAAAACGGUUCGCAAGAAAAGUAUCGAUAUUACACGCGAAAUGAAAAAAGAACUUAAAUUGAUACGUGAUUUACGACACGAUAACAUCUGUGCAUUCAUCGGUGCAUGCACCGAUCCACCAAAUAUUUGUAUCCUUACAGAGUAUUGUACGCGAGGAAGUCUGAAGGACGUUCUCGAAAAUGAAGAUGUGAAAUUGGAUAAUAUGUUCGUUGCAUCAUUGAUAGCGGACAUCAUUCGUGGAAUGAUUUAUUUGCAUGAGUCGCCACUGAAAUAUCACGGUUCAUUGUGCACAUCAAACUGUCUCAUCGACUCACGAUGGGUAGUUAAGCUCUCAGAUUUUGGACUACAGGCAUUCAAAAAAGGCGCCGAAGAUCCACCGAAUCUACAAACAAUGGCCGCCAAAUGUCAAAAAUUGUUAUAUCGAGCGCCAGAACUGCUGCGAUCUGGUCCGGCUAAUAUGGUGCCAGGUACACCAAAAGGCGAUGUAUAUUCAUUUGGUAUCAUUUUAUAUGAAAUUCACACGAGACACGGACCCUUCGGAGAUACUGGUAUUAGUGUUAUGGAUUGUUUAAGAAAAGUGCUACAGCCAAAUGAUUUCAAUGAACCGUUUCGACCUCCAUUACAACCGCUUGAUUCGUCAUUCGAUUGUGUUCGUGAGUGUUUGAAGGAUUGUUGGGCGGAAAAGCCGGAAGAUCGACCGGAUUUCAAAGCAAUUCGAGCAAAAUUACGACCACUACGAAAAGGAAUGCGACCCAAUAUUUUCGAUAAUAUGAUGGCAAUGAUGGAAAAGUACGCCAACAAUUUGGAACAAUUGGUUGACGAACGAACGGAUCAAUUACAGGAAGAGAAAAAGAAAACCGAAGCAUUACUACUUGAAAUGCUGCCGCGACCCGUUGCCGAACAAUUGAAAAAAGGCAACAAAGUCGAAGCCGAAACAUACGACAUGGUGACUAUUUACUUUAGUGAUAUUGUGGGUUUUACAGCGAUGUGUGUCGAAAGUACACCAUUGCAAGUGGUCGAUUUCCUGAACGAUUUGUACACAUGUUUCGAUUCCAUCAUCGGUAAUUACGAUGUAUACAAAGUGGAAACAAUUGGUGACGCAUACAUGGUGGUAUCUGGUUUACCCAUUCGUAAUGGUAUUAUUCAUGCGGCAGAAGUUGCAUCGAUGUCAUUGCAUUUGUUGGCCGCUGUGUCAGAGUUUAAAAUUCGACAUCGUCCCAAUGAUCGUCUAUUGUUACGCAUUGGCAUCCAUUCUGGUCCAGUUUGUUCGGGUGUUGUUGGCUUGAAAAUGCCACGAUAUUGUUUAUUUGGUGAUACAGUGAAUACGGCUUCGCGCAUGGAAUCGUCUGGUGAACCAUUAAGAAUACAUUGCAGCAGUACAUGCAAACAACUAUUGGAUAAAUUAGGCGGAUAUCACUCCGAGGAACGCGGUGAAAUUCAAAUAAAAGGUAAGGGAAAACAAGUGACAUAUUGGUUGCUGGGUGAAGAAAAUCAGGCUCGUGAUGUGCGUACCAAAGAACGCACCGAAAGACGUGGCUCAAGGGCGUUGCUCAAAGCACAUCUUCAACAGGGCAUUAAAAAUAUCAAUGUCAAUGUUGGACAGAAAAGUUCAUUGAAAAAUCGUGAUAAUGCCAUGCCACGCACCUCAUUGACCCGAUCAUCAAGCUUGGAAUCGCCGAAAAAACUUCGAUUUGCCACUGACUCUCAACUAGAAAACUAUCGCUAUCACAGGUACAGUGAUGAUGCUUUAAUGGAGGUGAUAUCCGACUGUAGUCUUCGAAAAUCACGUAGUAGUUCUGUUGUUUGUGACGAAUUGACGUCAUCGUGUCCAUGCAUUGAACAUCUUGAAAAAACAUCAGCCGUUACUGCCGAAAUGCAUCCAUUAAAUUCAUGCUUAAAUGCAAAUACGCCAUUGUUACUCAAUCAUGUGUCUACUUGAAGUUCAGCUCAGUAUCAUUUAAAAUCAAUAUAUGUGUCUAAUUAAAAGCAUAAAAAAAUGUGAAGAAAACUAAAUAUCAACAUAUAACAUGUAAUUGCUCUUUAUCUGUGUUGUAGCUUAUACUAUAGCUCUUUAUGUGUACAUACAUAAACAAAUGGCACGUUUGAACAACCUCGCAUCUCAAGAAAAUUGUAAUAUUUAUUCAUAGAUUAAUAAAUAAUUAUAUAACAAAA